CGGCCUCACCCUGUCGCCGACCAGCCGCCGCCGAAAGGUACCUCGAUGGCGAGGCGAACGCGCGCUCAAACUCCCCGUGGACCAGCCACGUAGGCGCGCAGCAAUCCUCCCUCGCUUCCCUCCAAAUUUCCAGAGCUCUCGCGCGCGCGGCGUCAUGGCGGAGCGCCUCGCCGCCUCCCUCCUCCCCGCCGCCUCGCCGUCCCCGUCCGCCCGCCGCGCGACGGUCGCAGCCGCGGCCGCCGCCUCUUUCCCCUCCCCAUGCUCCGCGCGCGCGGGGCUGCGCCUACGCUCCCGCCAGCCCCUCCUCUCGCACUCGCAGAAGGCGGCCGGGCGCGGGCGUGGCGUGCGGGUGGUCCGGUGCAUGGCGGCGUCGGACGCGGCGCAGCUCAAGGCCGCGCAGGAGGACAUCAAGGAGCUCCUUAAGACCACAUACUGCCACCCCAUCCUGGUCCGUCUGGGGUGGCAUGAUUCUGGUACCUAUGACAAGAAUAUUGAGGAGUGGCCACAACGAGGUGGAGCUGAUGGAAGCUUAAGGUUCGAUGCUGAGUUGAGUCAUGGAGCCAAUGCUGGUCUGAUUAAUGCAUUGAAGCUUAUCCAACCUAUCAAGGACAAAUACCCAGGUAUCACUUAUGCAGAUUUGUUCCAGUUAGCGAGUGCUACGGCAAUUGAGGAAGCUGGUGGCCCGAAAAUUCCAAUGAAAUAUGGGCGGGUUGAUGUCACAGCAGCUGAGCAGUGUCCACCUGAAGGGAGGCUUCCUGACGCUGGCCCACGUGAUCCGGCUGAACACCUUAGGGAGGUAUUCUAUAGAAUGGGCCUUGAUGACAAGGAAAUUGUUGCACUAUCUGGAGCACAUACACUUGGAAGAUCAAGGCCUGACCGGAGUGGCUGGGGAAAACCAGAAACAAAAUAUACCAAGGAUGGGCCUGGUGAGCCUGGAGGGCAAUCAUGGACAGUUGAGUGGUUGAAGUUUGAUAACAGUUACUUCAAGGACAUGAAGUUUUUGAGCCAACUUCCCUCGGAAGAGCAGAAGGAACAGGAUCUUCUAGUUUUGCCCACAGAUGCUGCAUUAUUUGAGGACCCAUCAUUCAAGGUAUACGCGGAAAAGUACGCAGAGGACCAGGAAGCGUUUUUCAAAGACUAUGCUGAAGCUCAUGCUAAGCUGAGCGAUCUUGGUUCAAAGUUUGAUCCUCCUGAGGGAUUCUCACUGGACGAUGACAUGAGCACUGCACCUGCAGACGAAAAGACGGAAGAAGAUAUCUCUUUUGGUGAGAGAUUGAAACAAUUUUUAGCAGGCAUCUCUUGGAAAAACUUUCAAGUUCAAAACUUUUUAAUUUUUCUUAAAAAGUUAUGGACGGAUUUGUUGAAACGAAUUUCAACCGGUACCCCUUGGAAAUGGGGUACUGCACUAACACUGGAACCAUGGGGUACUGCACUAACACUGGAACCAUCAGUAGCAGUGGCACCGUCACCAGUGGCUCCAGAACCUGAACCAGCAGCAGAACCUACACCAGAACCAGUAGCAGCGGCAAUAACAACAGCGACAGCCGAUGACAACAACGGCGCAGCUCCACAGCCGGAGCCCUUCGUCGCUGCCAAAUACUCGUAUGGAAAGAGGGAGCUGUCAGAGUCGAUGAAGCAAAAGAUCAGAGCAGAGUACGAGGGGUUCGGAGGCAGCCCGGACAAGCCCAUGCAGUCCAACUACUUCCUCAACAUCAUGAUCCUGAUCGCAGGGCUGGCGUUCUUGACGUCUCUGGUCGGGAACUGAGUGCGAUAUCAUCGAUUCCUGAAGCCUACGACUGUCCAUAUUUUGCAAACUCCGUAAGCAUAUGAAACAUAUAUAAACGGCAUGCGACCAAGUGGCUAGCAUCAGAGCUACGUACACUGUGUAAACAGUUUUUCACAUAGCAAGUGUUUGAGAAAUAGUGACCUGACUAUCAGCACUCUACAUAUAUGAUUUAUUUACUAUGAAACAGUGAAUGUAUAGAUAUUCACAAAUAUUCUCUGUGCACCCAUAUACUUGUGCUGUUACUUCCAUUUUUA